AUGAUUUUUUAUAUGCAAAAACGGUGUAAAUUCCCUGCUGUAAUAAAAUCUUUUACUCAAUUCUUUAUUGCUUUGUUUGCCUAUUUUGUUUGCCUUUCGAGAGUGAGAGACCACAAACACAGAUUAACUGAUGUUGUUGGUGGUGCUGCGACAGGGAUUGCAUUGGGGGCUUUCUUUGUGAGUUUUUUUUGAAAAAAUUAAGGGGAUAUAGACUGGAGAUCUGAAUUGAUGAUAUCAGUAAAGUCAAAUGGAUCGAAUUUUGGGCGCUUAUAAGAGGGCUUAUGGUAUUUAGGGGGUGGGCUUAUGGAGGGCUUAUGGAUAUUUAUGGCAUUUCU